AUGGAAUGCACAACAACCAUCACAACCGUCAGCAAAUCGCCACCUAUCACACUCACCACCACCGUCGCCAAACAACCUCAAUCACGACCACCACCAUCACAUACAUCAUCACAACUACCUACUCCACCACCAUCAUUACAACCAUUAUCAUCACCACCACCAUCACAAGGACAGUCACCACACAUACCACAACCAACAUCACCAAUAUCACCUAAAACAUCACCAAUACCACCUCCGCCAUCACCACCACCAUCACCUCCAACACCAUCAGCAACACCAUCUUCACCACCACCGUUAUCACCAUCACCAGCAUCAUCAUCAUCACCACCAUCUCCACAACACCUUCAGCACCACCAUCACCACUACAACGACUUCCAUCACCUUCACGACCACCCAAACAUCACCGACAUAAUCACCGUUAACAUUUCCAACACCAUUAUCAACAUCGCCAAAACCAUCACAAGCACCACCAUCACCACCAACAAUACCAUCAAAACCGUCACCACCAUCACUACAAACACCACUUCUAUCACUAUCACCAUCACCACCAUUACAAUCACCAACACCACAAUUUCCAUCACCAUAACCACCACCAUCCCCACAACCACCAGCACCUUCAACACCAUCAACACCUUCGCCAUCACAACAUUCUACAUCACCACCACCAUCACCACAUCCAUUCCCACCAACACCACCAUCACAACCACAACUUUUAUCACCAUCACCACGACUACCACAAUCAUCGCCAACACCACCAUUACCACCAUCUCUUUAACAAUCAUCACCACCACAACCACUGCCAUCACCACCACUACCAUCAAAACGAACACGAUCAUCAUCACCAUCACCACCACCAUCACCACAACCGUCACAAUAACCACUAUCACUACCAUUACCAACACCAUCACCACCACAAUGACCAUCAUCAACAUCACUAUUACUAACACUACCAUCAUCAGCAUCACAAUCAUCACCACCGUCACCAAACACCACCAUCACCCUCAUCGCCAUUCAUAUCAUAACCACCACCACCAACAACAUAAUAAUCACUGA